CCGCCUGGCCCCACCAAAUGAUCUUCUCUCUCUCUCUCAACAUACUCGCGGCCGCAGCGAUUCGGGGCGAGAUGUUGUUCGGGCUGCUCGCGGGGCACGCCUCCGGCUCGGACGUCACCCAACUCGCCGACAUUGGCCAUACCGACAGCGCAUCCGGCACUCUCAUCGACGCGGAUUCCGCCCUCUCCGCCCUCGCCACCACCGUCCUCGAGAAGAGCCAGAGCGGGAGAGUGCAUGACGAGUUUAAGGCCGUCCUCUCCAAGAUCUUGCCGGAGUUCGACUCUUGCUUCUUCGACUUCGACACCGGCCUCAACGACCAUUUGCCGAUGCCGCUCGUGCAGGGCUCGCUGGAGCGCCAGACUGACGAGGUGCAAGCUUGUCGGUCGCAGACGAACGCGGCGGAGGGCAGCAUCGCAUCGGCGCAUGACUUCGGCGCCGUCUCCUUGCUCGUCGUCUGCGGCGCCAUCUGCUUCCUUUUGCACGCGCACGCGUGCUUGGGAGCAGUUUCUGAGGGUAUGCACACACGCAGCCGCCGCCGGCUCUGCUUUCUCCUGCUUCUCUCUCGGAUCCAGGCCGUCGCGUCCGUGUCAGCCUUCGACUGCACGAACCACCCGAACCCGAUGCAAAUCGUCAAGAAAACCGGCGACUAUUCGCUCAUUGAGCUGGACAUCUCGACUGGUGUGUACUCGGAUGUCCACACUGUCCAACUCGACACCGCCGUGGACGCGGGUGGUGCGAAUCCAAGCUUCGCAAACGCCUUCUUCAUCAACCCGAUCGACGACAUCGCGUACGGCAAGUUCACUGAUGGCAAUAAUCAGGACUUCUUCUGCCGCUUCGCAGCCAACCAGAUCGCCGAGCCUAUGGAGUGCCUCUGCGCCCUGUCGAUCGUGGGGAAGGGGGGCACUAGAAGCGGCGGGGAGCUCAACUCGGCG